CGAGAAAUGAGUUCGCACUCUCAUGCGAGGACAUUGUGCACCGGAAACGCAAUUUCUGGCGCAUUUUCGGCGCUCCAUCUCCUGCGGAGUUACAGCCUAUUUGCUCCAAACUCAGAUCUAUGCAGAUACGAGGCGUAUCCGUCUCGAGACUAUAGCUUCGUCGAGCCGGAUGUUUUAUCGAGUUCUUUGCCGACGGAUUCCUCGUCCUCAUCAUUAACAUCUCCACCAUUAUCAGCAACGUUCUCACUCCCAGGAACUCUGCUUCAACCACCCUUUCUAACAGCAAUGCCACCCUUGAUGCAAUCGCUGAGCGUGCCUCAAACUCUCUCAACUUCCUCCACAGGUGCUAUGAGUCGUCACUUCGUUACUACAAAUGGCAUAGCCGCUCUUCACAGAAGACCUAGAAGCGAGAAAAAACCAAUCCCGGAUGAUCAGAAGGAUGAAAAAUAUUACGAGAGACGUAAACGAAAUAAUCAGGCGGCGAAAAAAUCACGAGACGCCCGCAAAAUCAGGGAAGACCACAUUGCAUUAAGGGCGACGAUGUUGGAGCACGAGAAUGCAAUCUUAAAGGCACAGAUAGUGACUCUUCGAGAGGAGGCACAAUCGUUGCGGCACAUGUUGAUCAAGCAACAUACCCCAGCGAUACAAUCGAUCGAACGAUCACUUUCGUCGAUGACACCUGUGACGCUCUCUCCUCCGCACACCGCAAGUCUAGAUUGUUAA